GUUUCCGUUGUGCUCUACUUUGCUUCUCUUCUGCAAAUUUGCAAGCUUAGUCGUUUCUCUGAAAGUGCCAGGUAUGAAGGUGAAGUGGCCAACAUCAAGAAGAAGACUCAAAGUGUGAUAAAAUCACGCUUGCGUUCUUGGAGCAUCCGGCCUUCACAAUCGACCGCGGCUAUAAUGGCUGGCUUGUACUAGGACGAACUCACUGAACCUGGAGGCAGGAGCACGUUGCGCGACCGGUCCUCCGGCACCAGGCAGCACUGCCUUUGGGUAGGAAUCUCUUUGUCCCCUAACGGUCGAAACUCGUUUUCCGAGCUGUCGCAACGUUCGUUCCAGCGAGAGACGAACGGUAGUAACGCGAAGCCGCUGCCGCAUGAUUGGAAAGUUCUGAGCUUGCUGUAGAGCACCAGCGCGUGCACGAACGUGACGAUGAAAGGGGCGCAGUCUCCCUCUUCGCCCGGCAAAGCGGGAAAGAACAGCAAAGGAGCACUGGCUACGGCGACGCAGAAUAAAGGCAAGGGUAAGGGCGUUGCAGGAGGAGGUCUGCAAGCAACAAAAAAAGGAAAGGGCGGAAAGCACAAAGCAGGCAAAAAGCCGGAAGAAGCCGACGCGUCUCUCACUUCGCCACGCGGAGCUGCUAUGAAGCGAGAAAACUUUGCUGAUAUCAUCUUCUCGCAGGAUGCUAAAUUCAAAUUGCGUCUCAUUUUAUUUAGAGCCCGUAGUUGUUAGUAUUAGUAAGCUGCGAAGCGCGACUCGGAUAGUUCGAAAUCAUGAGCAAACUAGCACCCCCUGUUUCACGCCGACGCGGUAUCUGUGAGAUGAUGCAACGCAUACCGGACAGCUCAUAAAGAUUGAUCUAGGCUACGUACUUAAUCUUGUCUUGUAUGUUGGUUGAAACCGAAAUAGUACUCGUGAUGAACGUCACUAUCUAACAUCUUCACCUUCAGCGAGACCAGCGACAGAAGUUUUUCUUUUGAUCGUGUGGCCAUCAGUGACCGGAAAAAAAGGAAGCAAGGCGGGGUUGGUCGGACCCGGCAAAGACGCGCAAAGCCAGGAUAAGAACGACAUCACGUUCGAUCACACAAAUGUAGCGAAAGCAAAAGGCAAGUCCAAGGCAAAAGGUAAGUCGGCAGAGUCGACAGGAAAGAAAGGCGCUCCUAGUAAACCCGCUUCCGAGGCCGGAGCCGGCGAAGACGAAGACGUAGCAACAAAGGGCCCAACAUCAAAUAACAAGGGCAGCAUGAAAAAAGGAAAAGGCAAGGACGCAGCCGUGGCCUCUGCCCCGGUUGGCAUAAAGGGCAAAAAAGGAAGUCAGAAGGAUUCUGCAGCAUUCGGCGCAGACGAAGCAGGAGAAGCCGCAGCCGGGGAAGAUGCCGUGGGUGGAAAGGGUGGCGCAAAACCAUCUGGCGUCAAGAAGGGUGCAUCUGCCUCCAAAAGCAAGGGUAGCAAAGCAUCAUCCAAAGACGUAGGCGGCCCGCGCCCGGAUACCGGCUUGCAGGGAAAAGGAUCAGUGGGUAGCAAGGCUGCAAGUAAAGUUGGUAAAGCAGGCGUAAAAUCUUCACUGGCGGACGACGAGGACGCCGGAACUAUUACGGGCACGAAGGACGGAAAAGGAAAAAAAUCGAGCGGCAAACAGGGCGAGCUCAAGGGCAUAGGAAAGGGAAAGACAAAAGGUGGAAAAGACGCUGCGUCGAUGAAGAAAGGCCCGCAAUUCUUGCCAAGCACGCCUCCUGCGAGUACCGAGGGAGUCACUUUGGAAAUAAUCGGAGCGGAUUCCUCUGUCCAAGAGAAUGCUGGAGCCAAAGCAAAGGGAAAGAAAAAAGGAGAGAAGGGCGGCAAAGGUAAAAGCAAAUCCACUAAGUCGUCUCUCGACGGCGGUGGAAAGGCAAUAAAGGGGCAAGGAAAGCAAAUUUCCGCGGGUCCGCUUGACUCCAGCGCUGCUUCCCUGGCGGCUCCCGGCAAAAAAGGAGCAAGCUCAAAGAAAGGCGCAGCGGUAGCUAAAGGCGCGAGUAGUAAAAAAGGCGGAGGAGCAAAGCUAUCCGAUAAAAACGACUUCGGCGGCAAGUUUCUCGGCGCACAAGGUGGUGCCGACGACGGCAGUAGCUUUUCUUUGGCCUUCGAGCAAGAUGCGGACAUCACCGCGGGCCACGGCGGACCAGCACUGCACCUUGAUUAUUUACACGGAUUUACCGAUGAGGCACCACACCAAGGCGAUGAACUUGGUGGACGACCUACUGCAGAAGUAGAUGAUGAACCAGGCGUGUACCACAAAGCAAAUCCAACGCCGCGCUUGACCGCGCCUGCCGGCUCGGCUUUUGAAGAGGUGUCGGUCCUCGUCGAGCCUGCCGCGUACUAUCCUGUGCAGAAGCAUCGUACUAGUAUAAAUUGCAACACAAAUUAGCUCAGCAUUACAAAAAAAAAUUUGUAAUGCGGAUUUGCCUUCAGAAAAAGAUUUGUAAUGCAUAAAAGCAAUUAGUACGAGUACGAUACUUUUGCACAGGAUACGUACGACACGCCUGCGAUCUCCGAGACGGAAGAUACGCCCGCGCAAAAAACGGAGCAGAAAAUGUUGGACCUGCUGCGCCGUGUUGGGGAGCAAAAAGAGUCUGUUCACACGAGCGAGUGGGACACCUUCGUGUCCUUGACGCUCAUGAAGACCCUCCAACUGCAACCACAGGAGGCCGUCGCGCUCGUUUUGUUAUCGCCUGAAAGUAGGAUAGUGCACUUUGCGGUCAGGUACAGGUGUGAAGUAAACGAUUAUUUACACAAGUGAUAUUCAACGCUUGUAUUUACUUAGCGCUAAGUAAAGGAGGAGCGCGUUACUAGUUAGUAUGGCCAAGGGCAAGGUCUUCUUGUCGGACGCUACACCUGAUCCAAUUGUGGUCCGCAUUUGUGACAAUUCCAUACCCAAAGCCGUCCCUGUCGCUGCCACCCAGUGCGCUGCAGAGGCAGCGCCGCACCCUGCUGUACGACGUGGUUCUGGAGUCGGAAUUUCCUUCCAGCGACGUGGUACUCCAGCCGAUGCAGAGCCUGUCCAUGGGGUUGCGUCUGUGGCUGUGCGACCUGCUGAAGCAAGACCGGGAAGUUGCGCAGCGACUGACGCAGUUGGACCUGCAAACGAGCUUCUUUUUUUUCGGCCAGUUGCUGUCCACCGGGUGUGCCGACCUCGUACUGCAGCUGCUGACGCGUGUGCUGCAACAAGCGGGUAACGGCAGGGCAGAAACCGCGGAGAUUUUCCAGUGGCUUAUCACGUCGGACGCGCUGCCGGACCUGAUGAACCUUCUCCAGGGUGCGGCUAUCCACGCCGAGAAAACAGGAGAGGGACGCAACAGCAGCUCUCGUCUCGCUGGAGGGAGACCUCCCGCCGAAAUGAUGCAAUAUGGCGAGGCGGAUGCGAUAAACAUAAAGCCGGCGGACCAGGCCGGCGGACAGGAUGGGUCAGCUCCUGACGGUCCUGGUCACACUACCAUAGAACAAAUGGAAGCUGCGGCAGCACAAGAAGCAAGCGCAAUCGCGACUUCAUCACCGACUUCAAGGCCACAGCGGUACCUUGCAGCGGGACCACUUUCUGCGUUCAAAGAGGAAAAUGCGCGAACAAAGAUGCCACGUGGUUCCCGCGCAGGUGUUGGAAGCGGCAUUUCUCCAGUCGCGCGAGUGGUACCUCUCGGCGUUUCUAAUGGGAACAUUUCCGCCGACGCAGUUUCAGCUUUUGUGUACCUUUGCUCAAGAGACGCACAAAUAGAGUUGUGGACCCAGUUCCUCCCGGAAAUGGCCGAUAUGGAAACAAUUUACCUCCUGGGCCGCUGUUUCCUGGAACGAGCCGACGCAGCGGAAGCGCUCUAUUGGCAAGGUGCAAACGAUACUACACCACCAGAAACCAAGCAAUGAGCAAGAAUUUUUACGUGAUAUUUUUUUCUCAGAAGAAUGUUCUUUAUUUAUGAGGAUAAACAAAGGUACACAACAUCAACAUCUAGUUUUCAUACUGCAUCAGCAUCUUCUGAUCCUGAGCCUGAUCUACAAAAAAAAAAGAGCUGCUUACGCCUCUAUUAAAACAACGCAAGGUGCCCUCGGGCCGCUGUUGGACUUUUGUUUGCAAACGGACGACAUUCUUGGCCUCUGUUUCGCGGCGGAGCUUGUCUUGCGCUUUCACGACCGCCAGCUGUCGCCCAUGUCUGUGGAUGAUGCCUGUGCCAGCCUGCUAGAACGACUGCGCGCGGCCGCUUUGGUGUUUCCUGCCACCACGGAGACCUACCAAGCCUGGUCCUGCCUGUUCUUCCUCGUGGAGGCCUUCUGCGAGGCGCAGGUGGUGCGGUACGCGAGCGCAGCGUAUCGGACAAUUUGCUGCGUGUUUAUGGAGAGAGGCAUGCUGUUUCAUCACCAGCGCGAGCAGGACAAGGACGUCGUUACAGGAGCGGGCUCCUCCUCGACAAGUAGGGCCGCAAGCUCCACCGACCCAAUUCGCGCCUUCGCGCUGCGGCACUUGAUUCGCUUUCUCGAGCAGCCUAUGGCGUUCUCAAACGUUACAUUCUCAACUGUUACAUGAGUUUCUUUGUAAUGCAAGAGUGGCAAAAGUACGGGAGGAAGAUUGCGCCUUUUGCAUUACAGAUUUGGGACGGAUUAUAGUGCUAUUUAGCGCGUCGAGAAGUUGCCAUGCAAGGCAGGCUUGUUCGUGUGAAUAGUGAUAGUGUUUUUGCAUGACAAAUCAUGCAACAGUUGAGAAUGUAACGUUUGAGAGCCCCAUACAGCCCUACGUCCCCGUCGGCGUAUUAGCCGAGCUGCUCCUAUGGAAGUGUCAGAAUCGAAAUUGACAAAAUCGAAAGAUUUGUGAUGCAUAAAAUCAAUACCAGUUGGAGCCUCAGUUUCCAAGUGGCGCAUCACAAAUUUCGGGAGCACCGAAAUCCAGUCUGUCAUGGUGUUUGGACAAAGAAGACUGCCCCUGUCACGCUAUUCUGGCAGCGCAUUGCAUACCCCUAAACAGGCUUGCCAUCGGUCUCAUUUGCCUGCUCCCCAAUACAGGCCUUCAGUGCCCUACAUUUUAUGCAUCACAAGUUUUUCGAUAUUGUCGAUUUCGAUCCUGACACAUCCAUAGCUCCUGAAGCAGCUUGACGUGACCCAGGCCCUGUCCCUUGCGGAUCUUGAUCUCCUCAUGGCGCUUGCAGGGCACGACAGGUGCAUGUUGUAGAAGCAUUAAGCUAGAAGCUUUGCAAAAUAAGUGUAUAACGUCUGCACAUUUUCAAGAUUAAGAUUGAUUUUACAUGAAGAAAUGCAUAUUGCAUUCGGUUUACCGAAAAACGAGGUCACUUGUUUCUUUCGCGAUCAUGAUUGACACUAUGACUCACACUCAGUGACUUCAUCCCACUGAUGCAAGCUCCUUCGAGCACAUUUGUCAACAUCCUCGGUGCACGAAAUCUAAAUCGCCAUCAGCACGAACUAUCUAUCCAUCGAACAACAUAGGUUAGCGGGGAGCCACGGCAUCCGGCUGCUGGAGGUUUUGGGUCAAGCGUGUUUUCUAAAUCCACAGUACGCGCGAGCAGCUCUGAUUCCUUUUUUGAAGCUGCUCAGGCGCUUCUGCGAGGAAGAAUUAUUCUGUGUCAAAAGUGCCCAGCCCGAGCUCGGAGUCGUCACCCAGUUUAGGUAGAGGCUGUACAGGGCGACGCAGCAUCACCAAUGGUGAUUCACCAUCAUACAUAAUGACACUCGCAGCUACUUGACGAUGGUGCCUGCAUGCGCAUGAUCAAGUGCCGUCGGCUUUACAAAUAAGACGUCGCGGAUUAUAUGCAUCAAUCUGCAUGCGUCCAGUCCUGAAGUAAUGUGAGAAAGAAUCCUUCUAGGUGGUGGACAGAAAGCGUUUACACAGAAUAAGAAUCUGCCCGCAGCUAUGUUGAGAAAUUGACGCGGAUUGGUCUCACCUACGUGCUGAAGGACGGAGCCAAGUGGAGAACUGCUCUGGUGGUGGACCUGCUCACGAAAGUUGGGCGGUUGGGGGGCAAUUUGGGAGAAGCAGUGAAACGCCCUGCGGUGGAAGCGGCGAUCACCUACCUACGUACCUUCAAAGGGGUGCUGCUGCACCAAAGCCUGCGACACAUCCUCGAAGUUUGGCCGGAAGAGCUGAGAACGCUGCAGGACGCGUUUUACAACAUAAACUACGACGAGGAGGAAAGUGCUGGACCUACGCGAGUCAACCUCGAUGAAGUUGAAGGCGCCGCGGGGUCAGCAACAGCAGGGCCAGGUGCUGCACCUCCACCACUGGACAACUAUCUUUCGUCAGGAGCAGCUGCCGGUAUGCCUAUCGAAACGGAAAUCCGCCUAAAUCCCGACUUUCUGAAUUCUGGUGCCGUUGAGUUUUGAUAUUCUUAUCGUUAGCGUUACGGCGAACGCCUUUCGAAAAAUAAUACAAAAAAAAAACACAAAGCGAACGAGGGGUGGGCAAAAUUGAUAAAUAAAUAUGUAAAUUGGCUCCCCGUAGUACCAGCGACGUGCUUUUUCUUUUCUUCAAUACACUAUGACUACGUGCUUCUUCUUUUUGUUCUUCUUUUUGUUAAAAAUUAAUCGUUGGACGACGACGUCGCAAAUAAUUAUAUCAAGUGUGCAAACUCUAGCAUGAUUCUUAGCACUUCUAUUCUAGGUUGAUAGUGCAAAACAGAACCACAGAAUUAUCGAAUGACUAGAGACAGAAGAUGAGCUUGAAGUUGAACUUGUAAAUUGUAUCUACCUCGUCCUCGCCCCAGCCGCGAGGGCGAGCAUCCUAUUUGUAUUCUUUCUCAGAUUGAUACUGCUGACGAAGAAACAAAUUGUUCUUGAAUGGGACUGGGAGUCCUGGAAAAGUUGAAGAGUAGAUGUCGACAUAUUUCGUUGACGUUGAUGAGUCUUGAUCAUGCCUAAGAUACGUGCCCACCGUUGCCUUCCAUUGAUUGUUCAAAAGAAAAUGGAAGCUGCGAUAGAGAAGAGAGACAAACACAU